GUCGGCUCCCCACUGCUCUUAAGAGUCCCAGGCCAAGUUCGGACCUAAUAAUAACGGGGAUGGGAAAUUUCUGAGCUUGUAUUUUUGUGUGUGUGUGUGUGUCGAGGUAGGGCCCCUAGCGCAGGCUGGCCUCGAACUCAUGGUGACCACCUCAGCCCCCUCAGUGCGGGGACUGGAGGCAGAACAUUCUCUGAGCUUUAGCUCUCAGCCACAGUGCUGAGGCUCUGUCCAGCCACUCCCACUCUUCCAGGGCAUGUGGCAGAAAGCCUAGCAGAGCCCCCGUUACACUUGCAGCGUCUCUGGGGAUAAGCAGCAUAACUUGACCUUGGCUUCCUAUAGCCUGCGGAGGUGUCCGCGGCCUGGGGCAGGUGCUGACUGUGAGUUUGUCAACCCUCAGAGACAGACGUUCCACCUCAUUCCCUCAGCCAGGCCUCAAGGCCCCUUUGUGCAUCCGUGGUGGCCUCUUCGCCUUCCCUCUUCUCCUCCUGUCCUCCACAUGGCCCAGACAUGAGUGGCCCCCUAGAAGGGGCUGAUGGGGGAGGGGACCCCAGGCCCGCAGAAUCCUUUUGUCCUGGAGGAGUCCCAUCUCCUGGGCCCCCACAGCACCGGCCUUGCGCAGGCCCCAGCCUGGCUGAUGACACUGAUGCCAACAGCAAUGGCUCAAGCGGCAAUGAGUCCAAUGGGCAUGAGUCUCGGGGCGCAUCCCAGCGGAGCUCACAUAGCUCCUCCUCCGGCAAUGGCAAGGACUCUGCCCUGCUGGAGACCACUGAGAGCAGCAAAAGCACAAACUCUCAGAGCCCAUCCCCACCCAGCAGUUCCAUCGCCUACAGCUUGCUGAGCGCCAGCUCUGAGCAGGACAACCCGUCUACCAGUGGCUGCAGCAGUGAACAGUCAGCCCGGGCGAGGACCCAGAAGGAGCUCAUGACAGCACUUCGGGAGCUCAAACUUCGACUGCCACCUGAGCGUCGGGGGAAGGGCCGCUCCGGAACCCUGGCUACACUCCAGUACGCGCUGGCCUGUGUCAAGCAGGUGCAAGCCAACCAGGAGUACUACCAGCAGUGGAGCCUGGAGGAGGGUGAGCCUUGCGUCAUGGACAUGUCCACCUACACCCUCGAAGAGCUGGAGCACAUCACGUCUGAGUACACGCUUCGCAACCAGGACACCUUCUCGGUGGCCGUCUCCUUCCUGACAGGCCGCAUCGUGUACAUUUCGGAGCAGGCAGGGGUCUUGUUGCGGUGCAAACGGGAUGUAUUUCGGGGCACCCGCUUCUCAGAGCUUCUGGCUCCCCAGGAUGUGGGCAUCUUCUAUGGUUCCACUGCCCCAUCUCGUCUGCCCACCUGGGGCACUGGGGCCUCUGCAGGUUCUGGCCCCAAGGACUUCACCCAGGAGAAAUCUGUCUUCUGCCGAAUUAGAGGAGGUCCCGACCGGGACUCAGGACCGCGGUACCAGCCCUUCCGCCUGACCCCAUAUGUGACCAAGAUCCGGGUGUCAGAUGGGGCCCCUGCACAGCCAUGUUGUCUACUCAUCGCAGAGCGUAUCCACUCGGGUUAUGAAGCUCCCCGGAUCCCCCCUGACAAGAGAAUCUUCACCACAAGGCAUACACCCAGCUGCCUCUUCCAGGAUGUGGACGAAAGGGCUGCCCCACUGUUGGGCUAUCUGCCUCAGGAUCUCCUGGGGGCCCCAGUGCUCCUGUUCCUGCAUCCGGAAGACCGACCGCUGAUGCUGGCCAUCCACAAGAAGAUCUUGCAGCUAGCCGGCCAGCCCUUUGAUCACUCCCCCAUCCGUUUCUGCGCCCGUAAUGGGGAGUAUGUUACCAUGGACACCAGCUGGGCUGGCUUUGUGCACCCCUGGAGCCGCAAGGUGGCCUUCGUUUUGGGCCGCCAUAAAGUACGCACGGUGCCCCUGAAUGAGGACGUGUUCACACCCCCGGCUCCCAGUCCAGCCCUGUCCUUGGACUCUGAUAUCCAGGAGCUCUCAGAGCAGAUCCAUCGGUUGCUGCUGCAGCCUGUGCACAGCUCCAGUCCCACGGGGCUCUGCGGAGUCGGCCCUGUGACUUCUCCAGGCUUUCUCCAUAGUCCUGUGUCUUCGAGCAACAGCAACGGGGGAGAUGCUGAGGGGCCUGGGCCUCCCACACCAGUGACUUUCCAGCAGAUCUGCAAGGACGUGCACCUGGUGAAGCACCAGGGACAGCAGCUCUUCAUCGAGUCCCGGGUGCGCCCUCCGGCCCGGCCCCGCCCCCCUGCUAUAGGCCCACUCAAGGCCAAGGCCCUUCCCUGCCAACCCCUAGACCCAGAGCUGGGGGCGGGCCCUUCCUCCAGCCACGCCCCACUCGUCUUGGCCCCUGAGGACGCUGAGAGGAAAGAGGUCUCCAGCUGCUCCUACCAGCAGAUCAACUGCCUAGACAGCAUCCUCAGGUACUUGGAGAGCUGCAAUAUUCCUGGCACCGCCAAGCGAAAGUGUGCCUCCUCCUCUUCCUACACUGCCUCGUCAGCCUCUGAUGAUGACAGGCAGAGGACAGGCCCUGUCCCUGUUGGGGCCAAGAAAGAUCCAUCGCCGGCAGUGCUGUCUGGCGAGGGCCCCACUCCUCCGAAGGAGCCAGUGGUGGGAGGCACCCUCAGCCCGCUCACUCUGGCCAAUAAGGCGGAGAGCGUGGUGUCUGUCACCAGUCAGUGUAGCUUCAGCUCCACCAUCGUCCAUGUGGGAGACAAGAAGCCCCCGGAGUCGGACAUCGUCAUGAUGGAGGACCUGCCUGGCUUAACCCCUGGCCCGGUCCCCAGCCCAGCCCCCAGCCCUGCGGUAGCUCCUGACCCCGCCCCAGAUGCGUAUCGCCCAGUGGGUCUGACGAAGGCUGUGCUGUCCCUGCAUACCCAGAAGGAAGAGCAAGCCUUCCUCAGCCGCUUCAGAGACCUUGGCAGGCUGCGUGGACUUGACAGCUCUUCUGCGACUCCCUCAAGCCCUGGCGAGCGAGGCUGCCACCAUGGCCCCGCACCGCCUGGCCGUCGACACCACUGCCGAUCCAAAGCCAAGCGUUCUCGCCACCACCAGGCCCCCCGGCCUGAGGGCCCCUGCUGUGUGUCUCACCCCGCACCUGUGCCUCCUUCUGGACCCUGGCCUCCCCCACCAGCCACCACCCCCUUCCCAGCGGUGGUCCAACCAUACCCCCUCCCAGUGUUCCCCACUCGAGGAGGCACCCAGCCUCUUCCCCCUGCCCCCACACCUGUGCCCCCAGCUACUUUCCCUGCCCCCCUGGGGACCCCAAUGGUGGCCUUGGUGCUCCCGAACUAUCUGUUCCCUACCCCAUCUAGCUAUGCGUAUGGAGUGCCCCAGGCUGCUGCGGAGGGGCCUCCCACUCCUGCCCCUCACUCCCCAUCGCCAUCCCUGCCCCCGCUGCCCCCCAGCCCCCUGCACCGCGCAGACUCACCCCUGUUCAACUCAAGAUGCAGUUCCCCACUCCAGCUCAACCUGCUCCAGCUUGAGGAGCCCCCCCGCACGGAUGGGGGUGCUGCUGCAGGGGGCCCCGGGAACAGUGCUGGGCCCCCGCCUCCCAGUGAGGAAGCCGCUGAGCCAGAGGCCAGACUGGUGGACGUAACUGAGUCCUCUAAUCAGGACGCACUUUCGGGCUCCAGUGACCUGCUGGAGCUGUUGCUUCAAGAAGACUCCCGUUCCGGCUCAGGCUCGGCCGCCUCUGGCUCUCUAGGCUCCGGCUUGGGCUCGGGGUCUGGUUCAGGCUCCCAUGAAGGGGGCAGCACCUCAGCCAGCAUCACCCGCAGCAGUCAGAGCAGCCACACGAGCAAGUACUUUGGCAGCAUCGACUCUUCGGAAACUGAAGCUGGGGCUGCUCAGGGCAGGGCUGAGCCUGGGGACCAGGUCAUUAAGUACGUGCUCCAGGAUCCCAUCUGGCUGCUCAUGGCCAAUGCUGAUCAGCGCGUCAUGAUGACCUACCAGGUGCCCUCCAGGGACACGGCUUCUGUGCUGAAGCAGGACCGGGAGCGGCUCCGAGCCAUGCAGAAGCAGCAGCCUCGGUUCUCAGAGGACCAGCGGCGGGAGCUGGGUGCUGUGCAUUCCUGGGUCCGGAAGGGCCAGCUGCCUCGGGCCCUUGAUGUGAUGGCCUGUGUGGACUGCGGCAGCAGCGCCCAAGAUCCUGGCCACUCUGGUGACCCACUCUUCUCAGAGCUGGAUGGACUGGGUCUAGAGCCCAUGGAGGAGGGUGGAGGUGGUGGUGAGGGUGGUGAGGACACCCAGAUCCAAAUUGGGGCCAAGGUCUCACGCUCUCAGGACUCUGCCAUGGAGGAAGAAGAACAAGGCUCAUGCAUUCCAGCCUUACCUGCCACAGAAAAUGGCACCAGCUAGACUACAUUUUGGGGCCAUGUGUGCCAGUCCCGGAGACUUGCUGCUCAAACCUUUGCGAUUCUCAGAACUCCGAUGUGGCCGGACCAACCAAUAGGAAACUGCCCCAGCUUCUCCCACCAGGGGGACAGGCUCCCCAUCACCAGCCUAAGAUUUGUGGCUGCCUCCUCUUAGGGAACGGAGGGUGGAAGGUUUCAGCCCAGUCCAGCCGAUUGUUAGUUCCCACCCUGGUGAGGAGUCCUUCCUCCUCUGGAGAUGGCUGAGGACCAGCUGCUGAGGUGGAGAAAGUCCCAGCCGAGCCCAAGUCCCUGUCUGAGGGUCGGGCUGCACUUAUUUAUUGGGGUAGACAGCUCACUCACCUCCUCCAAAGGUGAGAGGAGGGGAGCCUGGGGCCUAAGGCGGACCCAGGGGUUUGAACCCCUAGCUGCUCCAGGGUGGAGGUUGGUGGACCAUGGAGUCCCUGGUGCUGCCCCUCAAGCGGGACCCAGGUGUUCUCAGCUCUACCCUCUGCCAGUGGCAUUUGUGUUUUUGAUAUUGUGUCUGUUGUUGUUUUUUUUAAUA